UCCUUUUCUUUGAAUGUUACUCUAUAGUAACACCUCUAAUUAUCGGCAGUAUUGUGACCAGAGUGUGAUGCAAAUGCUGUUGAACUCUUACGAAAAACUAAAAUCUAAUUUCUUAGUAAAUUGACAUAUAAAAGUGUAACGACUUCCCCUCAGCUUUAAAAAAGUUGGAAAGGGAUGGGCUUUGCCGAAAAGGAGAAGCAAUCUAGUCAAGAGAAUGAGGCACAAGGGGCCCUCUUAUAUAGGUACAAGAAGUGUAUAACAUAUAUGAUGACAAUGAGAGAGAAAUAUAUGUACAUAAGAAUAAGACUUAUAACAACCUGUGGCAAGCAAAUAUGGCAGCAAAGAUCGCAAAAGGACCAAACGUUUAUAUGAAUAUCAACCAGACCAGACCAUCAAUGAUUUAUUUAUAGAGGCACCAGCCAUCCAUGUCCAGGUGCUGUUUUAGCCUCAUAUGAAUAUCAAGCAGACAAAGAGAAACGCAACACAAACGAGCCACGCACAGAGCAGUGGGAUCUGCAAGCCUACUGAACGUCUCUGGUACAUUUGUACAAAUCACGUAACAUUCCAUGUUUCUGCUUCUACCACGUCGAUUACCUUCUAUCUUCUGAAUACGUCCAUACCUUUGUUACACGUUUAUUCUUUCUCAAAGGGUGCGACAACGUUUGGUUUCCGAGAACGGAAAAGUCCACUUUUUACUCUACGUUCGCCCGCGAUGCUGUUUUGGCCGGAAGUUGUUCGUAUUUUCCUUUCACAAGAAGGCUUGAGAGAUUUGAGUGAAGCACAUUUUCCUGCUUUCCUGUCCCCGUCACACCAACGCUACCCAUGCAAUAACAUGUAGGUCUAGUGGUGUUCUAAAAAGAGGAGGCCCACGCGGCCCAGAUUUUGUUCUUGAGAAGCACAUAGCUGAAGGCAUAUCAUUGUUGCCAUAUACGUUUACGAUCACUUCCUAGACGUAGUCAGUGUACUUCCAUUGUACAGGCAGACCUUAGAAGAUAACAGAUGUUGCAAUGAAAUUGCUACCUGUAACUGAUUGAACCUGCAGACGUAGAUCUAGUUCAGCAUACAAUAAUAGUGCUUCUCUGUUGAGCUCUAAAAUCUAUCUUCAUUCCUAAGAUUCGUAGAAAUUCUUGUAUUGCAGCUCUGCGUUCAAAAGAUGGCCAAAGAGCGUAGUGCACUGCGUUUGGAACAUGGGUCUUUUAACAAGGAUUUAUCAGACUUAAUGUAAAGUCUUUUGAGCUCAUAGCGUAGCACGAAAACGUAGGUGGGACCCGCAAGGUAUGUCUUUUACUUCAUUGUACCGGUCCUUUUCUGAAUGUGAGGAGGCUGAAGUGUGCAGACCCACCUGGUAUUGUCGUAGUCCUCCACCAACAAGAUGCCUGCCCUACAGGAUCCGAGAAUGGACACCCGCCACUAAUUACUUUUCUGGAGAAGAGACAGAUGCCUAUUACGACUGCUGCUUUGACCGAUAUGGAGAUGAUCACGUCAUACGAAUCAACGAAGACAUCGAUGAAGAAAUUGAUGAGGGCGUGAUUGGUGAUGAUGAUGAGGAGGAGGACAAUGAUGAGGAGUAUUGUCUCGUGGGCUGUCGUCCCAAAGAGGAAGACGAUGAUGAUGAUGAUGAUGAUGAUGAUGAUAACCCCAAAAACAUGGGAGAUGAGAAACAGCAUUAUACUGGUACUGAAACACAUGUAGAUAGCGCCAAACUCAAUGACAGUGUUGGGGCUAGCGAAAAUGAUGAGCUGUCUCACAAAGAUAAUGCCGUGAGAAUUUCAGGACGUGGAUUACGGAAUAAUCUAAAUCAGCUCUCGACUUUCGGAAAUGUGAACCGGACAGAGCGUGGGUCGGAAUCUGCGGAAAUUAAUGUCAUCUCAAACAGCCCAGGUCCGACCUACCAAGAGGCGGGAAAAGUGACCAUGAGCUUCAGACCAUGUGGAAGUCAGUGCUCUGUCUCCUACAAAGACCGCAAAUCCUCCACCUCUAGCAGCCCCCCACCCAGCCCCCAAGAACACCACCACCACCACCACCACUACUACCACAACUGGGAUCAUUUCGGUAGCCAAGUCGAGCAGACCUCGCCCAAAUAUUCACGGAAGGAGCGUAGCUCAAAGUCUAAGAAACACGAGAGCAAGUUCGAGAGCAAGUCUCCCAGCCAAUUUCAAUUCUGGGAGAACCUGUCUCCCUCCCCCAGCCCAACGCUGCCCUCUUCUUCCUCCUCUCGCGGGAAAGGGAGGAAGUUUAAGGUGGAGCAGGAGGACUUGGAGAACCUCACUCCCGAGGAGCUGAAACGCAGGUCACGUGAGCGGUUGUGUGAGUACGUAUACCGGGACACUGUGGGAGCCAACAGCACGUUCUUCGGACCAUGGGGGAAAAACACGGGCCUCUGAAGUGCAUCGAGUCGUACAUUCGUGAGAAUGUGAUGCCAACCUACGCCAACACACACACCGAAGUCAGCUUCAACGCCCAGCAAACCACACUGUUCAGAGAGGAAGCCAGGGCGAUAAUUAAGGAGGCGGUGAAUGCCACAGAAGACGACGCCGUUAUCUUCACCGGAAGUGGAGCCACGUCUGCUGUCAACAAGUUGCUGCACGCCCUCAAGCCCAAGAAACCGAGAACAGGCGGGUCUGGUGUACAAAGACGCCGUGUUCAUCUCUCCGCACAAGUUUGUCGGAGGACCGGGAACGCCAGGCAUCCUGAUCGCCAAACGCAAUCUAUUCAGGAAUGAAGAGCCUCACAACGUUGGUGGAGGAACUGUC